AAAAAGCAAGAGUGACAGAGGUGAACACAGGUUAUUGUGAUGGCUGAAGGGGAAAAUAUUGAGCUUAAAUUUCGCAUAUAUGAUGGAACUGAUAUAGCACACGAUUUCUAUUCAUCAUCAACAACCAUUGCUACCCUCAAGCAAAAGCUAAUUGCUGAGUGGCCUCAAGGUAAAACAACUACACCAAAGGUAGUAAGUGACCUAAAACUCAUACAUGCCGGUAAAAUUUUGGAAAACAACAAAACUCUGGCUGAUUCCAGAAUAACAUUCGGUGACAUCCCUGGAGGUUUUGUUACCAUGCAUGUUGUAGUACAACCUCGAACGACUAAAAAGAAAACAGAAAAGAACCAUGAGGAGAAACAAAAGACAAAUUCAUGUUCAUGCACUAUUGUUUAGUUUCCC